CACAAACCUUAUCUAGUCGAGGAGGUGGGUCAGAGAAGAGUUUCAGAUGUUUCAUCUUCAGUAUAUUUCCUUCUACUGAUACAGGUAUAACUCAUUAUUUCCAAGCAUGUGUGAGCCAAACGGCUGUUGCAUGCUCUCCAUGUUCUCUGGCUAGGAAGAAAUAAUAGUAGAAUCCUUUGAAAAUGGAUAUUAUUUACACGUUCUUCGGAUGCAAAAGCCAGCAGUUACUGAAAUAAAGACUUGAAGUUCCUUCCUCUUUUUUUCUGUCUUCAGCACAGAAAAUAAGGUAAGAAUUGGUACAUUUUUUCCCACUAGAUUUCCUAACCAGAAAACAUAAGUUGAGAAAAGAACUUAAAUAAUUUUCAAAGUGAAUUUCUCUCACAAUUCCUUUUCACGAGAUUUUUAAAUAACAGAUUGCCAUCUAAGAAAAUUGAGAUCUUCCUAUCUAUGGAGUCUUCACUUUAUAAAAACAUGAUGGUUAUGAAAUAUACCUAUGUACUAUGAUUUGAGCAUUUUGUGGGACAGGUUCAGAGUAAAAAGACUCAAGAUGUUUGUCAAAUUCUAAUCCCUAUCUUGGCUUGAUCAUAAGAUCAUAAGGUCAAGUGAGUGAGAGCAGGCACUACACGCUGGAUUUUCUGUAAUUCCCAGCCAAUCAGGUAUAAAGCUAACAUGGACCAUGUGAAAAUCAUAAUAACAUUAAUUGAAUUCAACAGUUACUAUUGUCCUAGACCAUAUCUCUCUGUGUACCUGUGUUCUCAGUGUAGAGUCACUGCUGAUCCUGUGAGCAAUUAUAAAGUACUUUGUUUAUCUUUGGCAGUAAGAUUUUCCUUCCUAAAGCUCUGUUGACACUUACCUUCUCUAGCAUUUUCCUCUCUUUCGCCUUAUCUCAUCAAAAACUUAGGCCAGCAAAAAUUUUAGUUCAUUGUCAACCAAAGAUAAUUGAAGGUGUAGCUUUGACCAAUGGAGGCGGAGGAAUCUUCAACUUCUAACAAAAGAAUUGUGGCUCUCAAAAAGCAGGUAUGAGAUGUUUUGGAGAAGAGACACGUCAGAUACUUGAAGAUGCCCUGUUGGCCUCCUGUCUUCUUCUGUGACAGGAUAGCAUGUAGUGAUGGGAUAGUCAGAGGCUUUGAGACCUCUGAAUCUGGAAAUAUUAAUCUGGAAUAAUAUUCUUCUAAUACUUACCAGAUGUGUGAUUGUCAUUAAUAUUGGGGACUUCUAUUUCAAACAAUGUGAGCUUUGGUGGUCCAUCAGUAAAACGUGAAGGACAAUCAUCUUCCCAUCUGUGACCAGAAAAUAAAUGAGAGCAAUGCACUAUAUUCAGUGACACCUGUCCAUGGUUUUAACUCCUAUCAACAGAGACUCUACAGACUGUUUUAGAUUAAGUUGUCCUUGCCCAAUAAAGCAUAUACUAUGCCUCUUGUGUGAUUCCAUAUGAUUCGUGAAAGUGUUUUGGUGAUGGUGGAAUGAGAAUCAUCACAUAGAUGUUAAAUAGUCUUCAAAAGCAGACAUUGACAAACAAGCCACACAGUGUGUUAACCCACAUAAAUGGGGUUUCCAGAAUAGGCUUGUCUUUGUGUUGUUCAGUUGCCACCAGUGCUGACAACAGCUGUUAUAACUCAGCCCGGACCCACCUCCCCAAGGUCUAUUAUUUCUUGAGCAGGGCUUCCUGAGGAUGCUCCCUGGACCAUAGUGAUGGUCCUGACACUCAUUUAUAAGGUAGAUUCCAAAGUUCUCUUGGCGAAUCUGAUUUAAUAUGAUUUGGAGAGUCCAGAAAUCUGCAUUUGUAAUCAGUAUUCCAGGUGACUCUUGAAAUCAAGAAAAUUUGAAAAACGAUGUCCCAGAGAGAGCUGUAGCAUGGAAAGAGCUCCAGGCAACCUGAAGUCCUAGACCAGCAGGUGAGUGCAUCAUGGAGAGAGCUUCUGUUGGCUCUGGUUGGGAUAGAAAUUUCUGAGGUCUGGAGACUGCUAGGUGUGGUAAUUAAUUUGCUAUAGGCUUUGGAUAUUCAAACAUGGAAUCACAGAAAUGUUAAGCUGAAAUGAUAUUAGAAAUCAUGUUCUCAUGGUUCCCUAGCCAAGGAGCUUAAAAACAAUACACAUUUCCUAUCUUAGACCCCAGAAGUUCUGAUUCUCUAGCUCUAAGGUGAAGGAACUACUGAUACAGUCCAAAUAAUUCAUUUUGCAGAUAAGAAAGCUGAAGUACAGAGAGAGGCUAAGUAUCUUAACUGGAGUCACACAGCAAGUGAAUGGUCAAACGUAGAUUGAUGUGCAUUUGUUCUGACUCCUCUCGAAGUAUUCUGUAUUUAUCUGGAUGACAGAACUGAUCGUGAUUUAUACACAAAGCUUUGUCCAAGGAUUUGAAGAUAAGAUUUCUGAAACAGGAUCCCUGUUCUUAAGGAGCUCCCAGUCUAGUGGGAGAACACAGUAUAUGAAAUAACAAUUACAGUGUGGUGUGGAUAACUUACCAACAAGGAGUUACUAAGGUCCUGUUGUUGGCCAGCCACUAUUCCUGGAGAGAGCAUGAAGCCUGGAAAAGACAGACUCAGUUCCCACUGGCAUGGAGUUUUGAUUCUAGUUGAGGGAGAACUUUUUUUUUUAAGUUUAUUUAUUUUGAGAGAGAGAAAGGGAGAGAGCAUGCAUGAGCAGGGAAGAGGCAGAGAGAGAGACAGAGAGAGAGAGAGAUCCCAAGAAGGCUCUGUGCUGUCAGCCCAGAGCCCAACACGGGGCUCAAAUACUGAACUGUGAGAUCAUGACCCAAGCCAAAGUCAAGAGUUGGACACUUAACCGAUUGAGCCACCCAGGUGCCCCGGGGAAGAAAUUUUUAAAACAACAUAUUUUGAGACGGUAACGUGAACUAAGACAAAUAUAAAAUGAGUAAUAAAAGAUGGUUGCUGGCCAGUACAGUGGUGAGGAGGGAGGGAUGAGCUUAUUAUGCCAAUGGCCAGAGAGGGUCUCUCUGGAGAAGAAAUUCAAGAUAAGACAUGAGAGAGCCAAAUCAAGUCCCACAGGGUUUUAUAAAUGGUGGCUGGGAUGAAUUCGGUGUCUCACAUACAGUGGAGCUGGUGAAGUCUAUAGCAUGAAAAGGGCAUGCUCAGGUUUGCUUUUUAGGAAGAUGUCUCUAGAAGUUGGAGAUGGAGAGAUUAUUCUAUGAGGCAAAGGGAAGAAAGGCGAAGGGGAGGCCACAUCUUAAAAGGCAGUUGCUGAUCUUGCCUUUUUCCUCGACCACAGUCUUUAGAAAAAGAGCCACCAAUGGGGAUAAACAAAGCAGUGACUCUAGUCCCUGUGCCUGGCUCCCUUCAAGGUGCUCCACCAUCUCAUGAAGCCUCUUGCCCCCUGAGCACACUCUCUUCUCAGCAGAAAUGAAGAAGGUUCUCAGGCAAGAGCUCUGAAACACAACGUACCACAGCCUGGCAAGGGAACAAAUUCAUUCAAGUGAUGACAGGACCCAGGGAGAAUGACGCUUUAUUUGGGCUGGAUAUUUCUCUGGCUUGUCACAGGAGAGAGAACUAAAGGACUGAGUAUUUCAGAUUGCAUCACCAAAAAACUUCUUUGGGAAUAUUCUUCAGGGAGUGAGAAGUUUGUCUUAUUUUGUGACUUAACAGAGUCACAGAAAUCCCACUUUCACCACAGAAGUCAACUCUCACCAACCCAAGCCCCUGAAAACUUGCCCUGCAGUGGUAGUAAGGAUCUAUCUGAUGUCCAGUGGUACUUUCAACCUCAAAAUGGAAAUCCAUUAGGGGAAAUAACUAACAACUAUCAUCACAUCAUCCAGGACAAGAGCAUCCUACACUUUUCGACCACAGGAAUGCAUAAUGCUGGGUCGUAUAUCUGUAGACCCAGGAUUCGGAGCCCUCAGGGUGAGGCCUGUUGUGUCAAGACCAUCUUAGAAGUUAAGCCUAAGACCAAUGUAUCAUGUGUACCAAAUAACUUCGUAUCACACGAGCAACAACUUCUUAUUGGCAGCACUGCCUAUAUUAAUUGCCCCAGCUUCCACUGCCAAAGUGAUGCCCAAAGUUCAGAGGUGACCUGGUACAAGAAUGGAAAACUACUCUCUGAAGAAAGGAGCAACUCAAUCCUAGUGGAUGAAGUUUAUGACCACGACCAGGGCAUAUAUGUAUGUGAUUACACUGAUUCAGAUAACACAAGUUCAUGGACAGUCAGAGCUGUUGUCCAAGUGACAACCAUCGUGAAAGACACUAUUUUCAAGCCAGAUAUUCUGGACCCCAUCAAGGACACACUGGAAGUAGAACUUGGAAAGCCUUUAACUCUUAACUGCACGGCACGAUUUGGCUACCAACGAGAUUUUAAACCUGUAAUGAAAUGGUACAUUAAAGAUUCUGACCAGGAGUGGGAAGUUCCAACACCUGAGCAGAAAAGAGUUAAAUACACCAAAAAGGAUGAUGUUAUAGAGCGUGUUGUCCACUUGAAAGAAGUCACUCAGAGGGAUCUUCACCGGAAGUUUGUUUGCUUUGCCCAGAACUCCAUCGGGAACACGACCCAGUCCAUCCAGCUGAGAGAAAAGAAAGGAGUGGUGUUCAUCUACAUCCUACUUGGUACCGUCAUGAGCCUGGCAGGCGUGCUGACCACAGGUGCUCUGCUCUACAUGUACUGGAUUGAAAUAGUGCUGCUGUACCGAACCUACCAGAACAAGGAUGAGACACUUGGGGAUAAAAAGGUAUUUGAUGCUUUCGUAUCCUAUGCGAAAUGGAGCUCUUUUGAGAGUGAGGCCACUUCAUCUCUGCAUGAGGAAUACUUGGCCCUGAGUCUAUUCCCUGAAGUUUUGGAAAACAAAUAUGGUUACAACUUGUGUUUGCUUGAAAGAGAUGUGGUCCCAGGAGGAGCAUAUGCAGAAGACAUCGUAAACAUUAUUAAGAAAAGUAGAAGAGGAAUAUUUAUCUUAAGCCCCAACUAUGUCAACGGACCCAGUGUCUUUGAACUACAAGCAGCAGUGAAUCUUGCCUUGGAUGACCAAACACUGAAACUAAUUUUAAUUAAGUUCUGUUCCUUCCAAGAGCCAGAGUCUCUACCUCAUCUUGUGAAAAAAGCUCUCCGGGUUUUGCCUACCAUCACUUGGAGAGGCUUAAAAUCGGUCCCUCCCAAUUCCAGGUUCUGGACUCAGAUACGCUACCACAUGCCGGUGAAAAACUCCAAAGGAUUCAGGUGGAACCAUCUCAGAAUUAUGCCUGAAUUUUUUUCACUGGAAAUGACUCCGUAAAACAGAAGCCACUGGGAGGAGCUCCCAGCCUACGGAAUGGUAAAGCAGACCCUGAACCACCUGCCCUCAGUCCCUGGCGAGUAGAGACGUUGAUGGACAGAGCACAGAGCAUGAAUCGGGCUGACAUAAGAUGGAGAGUGUUUUGCCGACCCCGAGCAAGCCUGACAGGCAAAGCAAUGACCCCGAAACUAUGGUUAGAGCUUCUGAUUUCCUCUGGACAGAGGAAGAGUAAAUUCUGCAGACGCAUGCACACGUUCAGCACACAACGCUCUUAAGAUUUGCCAAGGGGUCUGAGCAGAAGUGGCAGAUAUAGCCACUUCCGUGUUGGGCUACCUAUUGGCUGUCAUGUCUACUAUGGAUUGUACAUAUAAAUUAUAUAUAUUUGCAAUCAAAUAAAUAUUAUUUUAUUAGGA